AAUGUCUGAAAAAAGUUUCUCACUCCAAAUCAAGGAUGGAUAACUGCGACCUAGAGAAGCUCUCGUGCUCUGUUGGGAAACUGGAACCUCCAUUUAAACCAGAUAUAACUUUUUAUAAAGUAACUGUUGAGAGCAAAGUAAGUAAGGUGACUCUGGAUCUCUUGACAAGUGAUUGCGGAGCUUCUUAUAAAAUACUGUUUGGGGAUGGCUCAAAGACUGUCAAAUUGAGCGAUGGGUUGAAUGCAGUAGCAGUUGAAGUUGUGUCUGAAGAUGGCACAACGAAGAAAUAUUGCAUCGAGAUCACCAAGUUAUCAGCCAGCUCAGCUAAAUUAUGCGAUUUAGCAAUAGAGGGGGAUUUUAAACUACAGCCAGAAUUUUCUGCAAGCGAUUACGAAUAUUCAAGCUCUGUCCCUGUCGAUUUUACCAUGGUUGUCAUACAGCCAAAGCUACCAGAUAAGAAUAUGCAAGUUUCAGUGAAUGGGGAGGACAGCUCGAAAGCCGUUCUGCUGAAUGUUGGGGAUACUGUGGUUGCAAUUAAAGUUUCAUCGGCAGAUGGCACCAAUUCUCAAGUGUAUUCAAUUGCCAUCAGUAGAGAGCAGAUACCAGUGGCUGUCAGUUUCUGUAAUGUGAAGGACCAGAUUAAGUACGAGUGUCCAGUUUCCUUGACUGCCUUUUACAGACCUGCUUCAAUAAAUCUAAGUGACCCAAAACACAUCUUCUCAGCUCCUUACAUUGACAUGUUGACUCGGAGGGCAAAGGUCGACCCCCUCACCGAGUCCCCCUUGGGUGAAGGCUGGAAAGUGCCAGAGUUGGACCUCGACAAGAAGAUGUCUGCUGUAUCUGUCAAAUGUUUCUUCGCUCAUUGUGGAUGUGAAAGCACCAUCAAACUGGCUGAGGUGGUGUCUCAUGCAAAGGACUGUCCGCAUAAGCCCCCAGUAGACCUGGACACAAAGGAAGUCACCGAAACCCUUUGGUACAAAACACAUUUCGAAUCUACAGAUAAUCUUGAAAUUGAGACAAAACACACUUCAGAGAUUCGAAACUGGGAGAAAAGACUGCAAAAAGCUGUCGGUAAGGAUAACGUGGAGGACCUCUGCACCCACGCAGAGGAACAGCUCAAUCUUUACAGACAGCGUCUUCCAAAACCAGGUGACAUAAUGCAAUAUGCUGAGGGACAGUCACCCUUGGACCUUCUUGAGCAGGCUGCUGUCCAUUACGCGUCUGCUAUCAAACUCAAGCCUCGUGAUUCAAAACUGCAUUAUUUGCUUGGAAGAACUCUGGAAGAGCAUCAUUAUGCAGAGGAAAUGUAUGGCCUUAAAAAGAAGGAUACCGGUGACGCCCAGGAGCUUGGCAGUGCCAAGACUGCAGGGAGGCUGGAUGAGAUCUUGGCUGUGUGCAAACUCCAUGGCUUCAUGGGAACGCCCACGCUCGAGAACCAGCUGAAAGCCUUGGACACGGAGUUCCACCAGCUCAAGGAACAGGGCCAGGCCACCAAGGCUGACUAUGUUCAGACACUCUACCUCUGGCUCUCCAAGAGGGCCAAAAAGGACGGCCAGUCCAGCCUCGCAGACGAGGAGAGCUGGCUGCACAGGGCCCUCCUCAAGUACCUGGACGCCUGGUCCUUGAGCCAGGACAGCUGGGAGCACAACCUGCACGCCGGCCGCCUGCUCCUGCUCCAGGGGAAGAGCCGUGAGGCCCUGCAGCAUCUCCAGACGGCCCUGGCGCUCCGGCCGUCCCAGCCAGCCCUCAGGUUCUAUACAGGUAUGGCUCUGCUCCAGCAGGAGAGAAACUCAGAGACACAGGAGAAGGAAGCUGCUAUGUACCUUCAGCAGGGACUGGAAUAUGUCACGGCCCGUGCCUUGACGCCAUCAGAACAUGACAGAAGAGAGAUGGACCACACAGACCCACUGUCCACUGUCAACGUCCAGUUCCUCCGUGGAUGCCUCAGCCUGGGUAACCUGUUAAGCAAACAUGCCCCCUCUGAGAAGUCAAUGACAGCAGAACAAGUCUACCACUUUGUGGUCUCUCUGGCGGCGCAGGGCGUGGCCCGCUGCGUGUGUCGCGGAGAGGUGGCCCAGCAGCUGGAGUGGGUGCUGCUGGACGGCCACUUCGCCCUGCUCCAGAGCCUCAUCCAGCAGCCCGGGGCCGCGAAGCAGGCCUGGAUCGCCCAGCGCUGCCAGGCCCUCAGCGCCCUCAUCCGCCUCACCUCCAUCACCCCCUGCAGAGAGCUGCUCGACAUGCAGGAGAAGGUCUGUCAGGUGGGAGUUGUGACCGUGCCCCGCAACAGUCAUGCACUGUGUCAGCUCGGUGUGACCCAGCUGGCCCAAUACGACAGUGAGCCAGAGUCCGAGCAGGCCCAGGAGGCCUUGAAAGAUGCCUGUCUCAGCUUCCAGGCCAGUAUCGAGUUGGAGGGGUCCCCCCAGACUGGAGAUGCCCCAGAAAAACUAGCAAAGCAGGCAUGGUGGCAGAAGCGACUGGCUCCGAGGGCGAGAGCUGCCAAGGAGACAGCCAGCAAAUCCACAGGGGCACCGGGGCCAUCUGAAGCAGGGGCUGCUGGGAAGGCGACCGGGCGUGGGAGGGGAACCCCGGGCAGAGGGGGGGCCGCGGCGGCCGCUGCCAAGUCAGGUGUUGCACCCCGAGGCAGCAAAGCCGCGCCCGCUGCCAAAACGGCACCGGCGGCGGCAAGAGGGCGGGCUCCAGCCAAGGCCGACGGGGUUGCAAAGGCUCCAGGCAAACCCUCUUCUAAAACCCAGCUCUCUCCCAGCAAAUCCAAACAGGAGUGCAGCGGCGUCCCUCAGGCUAAACCAGACGUGGUCGAGGCUCCAUCAUCAAACACCAGGGUUGCUGCACCUGCCGUUGCAAACCCUAAGAGCCAUGCCCCUCGUCUGGGGCUAGCCAGAGCUCUCUCCCGGUCUGCCGACACCCAGCAGGAGGCCUGCAGCCUGUACCAGGAGGUCAUCUCCAUGGCACCAGAGGUCCAUGACGCCUAUAUUGAGCUGGCUGAUUUGCUGGUGAAGACUGAUCCACUGGCUGCAGUGGACGUCUACAGCAGGUUCCCCCUCAGGCCCGUUGCUGAGCAGACAUUUGACGACGCCUUCAUCACGGGGGAGAUUGUUCGCAUCCUGAUGAAGCAGGAGCUGUACGACCACCUUUUACUGGGUCCGAAUCUCAUUGCCUAUGGGAAAGUCAUGGGCUUAGGCUGUCUGGACAAAUAUAUUGAUGUCCUGGAGGGAAAGUUUAAGACAGAUCUGUUAAAAAGUAUGUAUGCCGGGAUCCAUGACAAAUCAGUGGACGACAAAGACCUUCAGGACUUCUUCAGGUUCAAGUGUUGGAUAUAAUAUAUUGUGCGACUGCAUGAUUUCCAGUGUGUGCGAUUAUGUUUUUUUCCCCUCUUGUUGACCCCAAUUAAUAGUCUUUGAUAAACUGUGACUGAUUAAUUUGUCAUUGUAAUAAUGCAAUAUUUCACCAGAAAUAAAUGACAGUAUGAGUGGCAAGCAGUAUUAUUAUUA